AUGAAUACUAUGAGGGCCAAAAACGCAGUGGUGUGUCUGGUUCUGCUGCCCCGCUUCCUGAUGGCCGCAGUCAUGUUCUGGCUCCUGGACUUUUUAUGCAUCAGGAAAAAGGUGUUUUUCAGGAUGAAGGAGCAGGAGGACUCUGCAGAUGCCAUGGACCCCCCUUUGUGCAUCUCGGACUCCAAUCGGCUCUUCAGUUUGGAGUCCCUCAAGGCUGUGUGGCACGGUCACAAACUGGACUUUCUGAAAGAGGCGCAUCUCGGACACGGUGCGCCCAACACUGAAGUGGUCCAUCUGGAGGAUCAGAGGCGCGCACGGAUCCUCGAUUACGCAAAGGACAACAGACCGCUCAUCCUUAACUUUGGCAGCUGCACCUGACCGCCGUUCAUGGCGCGUCUCAAGGCUUUCCAGGGAGUUGCGCAGCAGAACGCAGACAUAGCGGACUCUAUAGUUGUGUACAUCGAAGAAGCGCAUCCCUCCGACGGCUGGAUGAGCACCGACGCGCCUUACCAGAUCCCCAAACACCGAUGUCUGGAGGACCGGCUGAACGCGGCGCAGAUGAUGCACCUGGAGGUCCCCGGUGCGGUGAUAGUGGUGGACAGUAUGGAAAACCCCUCCAACGCUGCGUACGGAGCUUAUUUCGACAGACUUUAUAUCCUACAGGAUGGAAAGAUAGUUUAUCAAGGAGGCAGAGGACCAGAGGGGUAUCGGAUCUCAGAGCUCAGAGACUGGUUGGAUCAAUACAGAGAACGGAUGGGAACAUCCAAUACGUUAGUUACUGUGUAGGUUUCCAUCCUGUAGAGCUGCUAUAAUUAAAAAAAACAUCAAUAAAAAAAAAUCAUCUCACUAUUAUAACUCCAUUUAGAUAUUAUACCCUGUCACAUUACGCUGUUUUUAUUUAUUUUUAUAUAGUUGAAACAUAUUAAUUUGUUCAGUGUUUUUAUUGUAGGCCUUUAGAGUCUUUUAUUUUAAAUAUAAUAUGUGUACAUUUAUGUAGGAUUCACCCAUUUAAAAAAAAAAAAAACAGUUUGUUUAGAUUGUGUUUAUAUGUGAAUAAGUUUGUGCAUCAGAAGUUCUGUUCUCCAUCCUCCAUUCUUCUGAAAAACGUGCACUAUCACUAUGUUUGGCCAGUAUUUUUUUUAUGAAGUUCGGUUUUUAAACGGGUUGAAUCCAGAAAACCGAUACUGAUGUCUUUUUAAUACUGGUGGAUCAUGAUGAAGGUGCUGUUUUCUUCUCUUUUCUCUCACCACAACUGUUUGGUUGUAAAUAGGCCUAUUGUUCCGUUUUAUAUUUUCAUACAUAAAAAAAAAAAAAAAAGCUUUGAUCUA